CCUCUACAGGAACGUCAUGCAGGAGAACUAUGAGACAGUGACCUCGCUGGGAUUUGCUGUUCCCAAACCUGAUUUGAUCGCUCAACUGGAACGAGGGGAAGAGCCAUGGGUCCCGGAUCUCCAGGCCGCCGAGGAAAGGGAGAGCCAGAGAGGCACCCACACAGGCGAUGAGACAGUGAGUGAGAACGAAGAGGAGAAUUGUCAAUCUGAAAGUCCUGAGCAAUUGGAACUCCUAGGGAUAGUUAUUAAAACAGCUGAUGGGAAUUUUUCGCAGUGCUUGGAACAAGGGGAAGCCUGGGGAAAUUGGCACAGGUCAGAGAAGCAUCUGGGAAACUACCCAAGGAAGAAAGGGAAUGAAUCCAUUGAACGUGGGGCAGGAUGCACAGAUCCUAAGGAAACUACAGCCCAGCAGACAAAUCCCAAGGAGGAGAAACUCUAUAAAUGUCUCGAAUGUGGGAAAAGCUUCAGUGUGAGGACCAACCUUAUUACGCAUCAGAGAAACCACACAGGAGAGAAACCCUAUAAAUGCUGGGAGUGCGGCAAAAGCUUCCAUCAGAGCUCAAGCCUCACUAAACAUCGGAGAAUCCACACGGGAGAGAGACCCUAUGAAUGCCUCAACUGCGGGAAAAGAUUCAGUGUGAGAACAAAUCUUAUUACGCAUCAGAGACUGCACACGGGAGAAAGACCCUAUAAAUGCUUGGACUGCGGGAAAAGCUUUAGUCAGAGCUCAAGCCUUACCAAUCAUCGGAGAAUCCACACAGGAGAGACACCCUAUAAAUGCCCUGACUGUGGGAAAAGUUUCAAGGUGAAAACCAAUCUGAUUACACAUCAGAGAAACCACACGGGAGAGAAACCCUACACGUGUUCGGACUGUGGGAAAAGCUUCAGCCAGAGCUCAAGCCUCACAAAACACUGGAGAGUCCACACGGGAGAGAGACCCCAUACAUGCCUAGUGUGUGGGAAAAGUUUUAGUGAGAGUUCAACACUUAUUAAGCAUGGAAGAGUCCAUACGCGGGACAGACCCUAUGAGUAACUCAAGCGUGGGAAGAGAUUGAAAGAUAAGCCAUUGUUUCGCAUCAGGGAACCCACGCAGGAGAGAAGCCCCAUAAAUGCUUGGACUGUGAGAGGCUUCAGUUGCGGCUGAAACCUUACGAAACAUCAGUGAAUGCACAAGGGUGGGAGAUCCUAGAAGUAACUUGACUGUGGGAAAAGAUUCAGAGCUCAGACAUGAUUACACAUCAGAUAAUUAAUGAGCAAGAAAGAGACCUUCAGUGUGGGGGAAGCUUCAACUGGUGCUCCUUCAGUAGGAAAUAUCAUCAAAUGCACACAGAGAAGAGUCCUGUUCGAAGCAUUUUGAAAGCUGAAGACAUCUAAAUGUAGCUAAUUCCAUGUUGGACAUCAGAGACUCCUCCACACAGCAGGGAAAUUCUCUCAGGGCCCUGACUGGGACCGACCAUGGUGACAAACCCAUUUCCUCGUUCCCACAGACAUCAGGGGCGUUUGGCUCCCAAGGAUCCAGCUGCUUAUUGCAGGAGUGAGGAUCCAGCAGCAGUUGUCAGUGACCCUCUGGCUCUGCCUGGUCUAAGCAAACCCCAGGCAGAGGAGUAGAAGCCCCGGUCAACCCCUCCUCCCUGCUGCAGCCCUGGCUGCUGAGCUAAUGGGCCACAGGCGGGGGAAGGGAGAGAGAGAAACUCCUCCAGCUGCUCCCUCUGCCUUGCUGAAGGUCCCCCCUCUCCCUUCCCCUCCCAGCCGGUAUCACCCUGCCAUGAAGAUGAGGAGAAGAACACUUGGGCCAGGCCCCACCUUCACUCUACACACCUGUCACCACCUCCCAUCUUCCACUAGCCCCUGGGCUGGGCCCCCCACUGACCUGGAGCUGUUCCCUGCAGGGGGAGUGUCCCUAGGGGCUGGUAACUCCUCCCCUCUCCAAAUCCCCCAGAGCGCUGGGCUCUGGGGGAUCAACCAAUAAGGGACCAAGCCGAUGGGUUCCGGGGAGGAAACUGGGGAUUGAAUGGUUGGGGCUGGUGAAGCUGGGAAGCAGGGGAGCUGGGUGCUGGGCUAUUGAGUGUUUGGGGAUCAGGGGAUAAGAGGCGAGGGAGAGCACAGGGGUAGAGAGGUGCUGCCUCAUCACUCACCCCUCUGCCCCUUCUCCCUGCCCCCUUUGCAUUCAGACAGCACCACUGAGAGGGGCUGAUUCCCACAGGGCCUUUUGUGGGAGGCCUGGAGAUCCCACCGCUGCCUCUGCAGCAUUAGCCUCUGAGCAUUUGUCUGGUAGGAAAAGCAGUCGGGAUCAGCCAGCUCCUCUCCUCUGGCCCUCCCCUACUUUUCCUAGUCUAGACUGACCUUGAGCAUCUUAUCACAUCACCCCAUUAGCAGAGUGAUUGUUAUAGUCAUGAGUUCUCCCUUUGGGGAUAAAUUGUCUCAUUCCCAGAGUCUCACAUUGCUCCAAUGUGGGUUUCCCCACGCCCCCAUUUUCUCCCAGAAUUACAUUUAUUUUAAAAAAGCUGGAGCAUGGAUAGUAAAAUGUGGUGUUUUAGCUGCUAUGUUCUUUGAGAUCAAUGGGGUGAGUCUGAGGGAUUCCCUCCUUCCCUCGUCACUGUCACGCUCCAUCUUUGACACAGCAAGCUCUGUCCAAGCUUUGGAGAGUUUUAUCCUCUCCCUAUUCUAUUCCUCCGCCUCCCAAAGUGUCACUUGCCACAAUGUCCUUUGCUUUGCAGGAAUGGCACAUUGAUUGCUUGGAUCCUAAAUCAGACUCCUGAGAGGCAGAGAAAGAAGUGUGCAGGCCUGGAGGGGGAAUUCAAAUGAAGCCCAAAGCACAGCAGGAGGUUUCUGAGCUUCAAUCCCUGUUUCCAUUUAUUGGUAAAGUGGCUUCUGGGAUUUCCCAGCUAAAUCCAGAACAUUUGUCCAUGGGAAGUUUCUCCCUUCCCCUUCUUUUGUUUUGUUAGGGUAAUGCAAACACUUUUGUAAAUUACACAACCAAAUAAGGACCUGCUGAGUAAAGCAGGUUUAGCCAGAUCAGAAGAAAAUGGGUCAAUUUAUUUUCUUUAUUUUGAAUUUGAAGAUUCUCUGGUAUUUCACUUUAUGAACGCGUGAAAGUGUUUUAUGGCCCACCCUGGAUUGUGGGUUUUUCUCUCCUUGGUGAAGGCUGUUUGGUCACGUACUUUGAUAUUAGUUUACUUUGACAGGAUAUAGCUCUGAUUUAUUGGAGACUUCACAAAAAAAUUGAUGAUUUGCCAGACUAGUAUGUAUUUUUUUCCACAGUUUUCUACCCUUCCCUUUAAAUAUUUGUGUGGUUUGAAAAUGAUCCAUGUCUGUCAGCACAUGCACUGAGGGUAGGUGCCAGAUUUACACUCCGAGGGAUGGAGACUGAAAGAAGAAGGAAGUUACUGUCUGAUCCCUGCAGAGAUAUGCCAUCAGGAAGGGGAGAGGAUGGGACUGGAAAACUGCAGGGUUUGCUCUUCAGAGCCAGACAGAUGAGGCUGAGAACUGUGAAAUCACUGUACUGGGGCCAGAGAGAGAGAGGAAUUAUCCUGUGAGUCCCUGAAUUCUAAAUUACUAUGAUUGAUGCCCCUAGAGGAAUGAUCCAGGGAGUGGGGACAAUCUCCUGUUUGUGGAGAGGUGGAAUCUGGGCAGAGGCUAGAAGGAAGCCAGGGAAAUGAACUGGCCUCACCAGCCCUGAAGCCAGGCAAAGCUCUGUCACCAAGAGGCAGAGGUGCAUCCUGGAAGCACAGCUAGUCACUCCCUCAACAUCUACAUUUCCUCUGUGCGGAUGAGAGACGUUCUGUGCUCCACUCACCCCACACUGCAUUCAUCUUCUAACCUGAGCUCCCUGGGUUUCCAGCAUCUCUCGUGAAUUGUCUGCACUUUUCCACCAGCUUAAACGUAUUCCUCUUUCCCUGCUGCCUGCAGGUGCUGGGAGAAUCCAUGUGCUGGCCUGGGGCAGAAAUGCAUGUUUGUGAGCUGGGUGCUAGGUGGGGAGAGGGGAUGGGUAACUUGUAUUUCUUGCUGGCUAAGAAUAAAGUAGAAUUUAGCUUCUCAAACUC